AUGAAACGACGUCAACCGAAGAAAAUGAUCGACGAGUCCGCGAUUGCCACCAACUGCGAUCUCACGCAAAUUCCACCACAAGAUCAGAAUAUAGAUAUAUUCUACAACAAAAUCGUUGGUAUGUUAAGAUCGAUUCAAGAAAAAUCGCUGGUUCCACAACCAAAUCACUCACAAAACAGAAUAAGUGAAUCCACUCGCCAACUGCUGACACUUCGACGAGAAACGAGUCGAUCUGAUCCAUUAUUCCACACCAUCUCGGAAUUGUGCCGCGAGGAACUUGCCAGAGAUCACCAAGAAUUUGCCAAAACUCGCCUCGUGAACGCGGCAAUGGCAAGAAAAAAGUCUGAAAAGAGUCGCCAGAAACCUCGUCGAAUAUCAAGCCACAAUUCCAUGCUUGAAAUCUUCUCCAACCGGAACUCGGAUCACUGGAAGAGGAGAAAUCGAAAAAGAAAUACAUCAGUUUUACUCAAAGCUUUUCAAAAGCUCAGAUGUUCCACAAAAUCCCAGUAACAGAAGAUUGAGAAGAACUGAAAAUCCACCACCGUUUCUACCGAGCGAAAUUCGAGCAGCUCUGAGAUCAUUCCCAAACGGAAAAUCCGCUGGCGAAGACAAAAUCACCGCCGAUUUUCUCAAAAAAUGCACGGAUAAGAUAAUCUUGAUCAUCACACACUGCUUCAACCUGAUGAUGGAGAAAGAGGAGAUACCCAAGGCAUGGAAAACAUCGAAAACCAUCUUGAUCUUCAAAAAAGGUGAUCGCGAAAACCUCGAAAACUAUCGCCCUAUCACAAUCCUCCCAGUUCUCUACAAACUCUUCACAAAGUGCAUUCUGCAGAGAAUCCGCCGACCACUUGAGGAAUCCCAACCUGUUGAGCAAGCUGGAUUUCGAAGAUCGUUCUCAACAAUGGACCACAUAUCCACAAUUCAAAGAAUUCUAGAAGCCAGUCGAGAACACCAAAUCCCACUUGUCCUGAUCUUUGUCGACUACCACAAAGCAUUCGACAGCGUAGAACCAGCUGCAGUAUGGAAUUCGCUGAAAGAUCAAGGAGUCGAUCAACAUUACAUCAAGAUCCUCCAAAAAUGCUACGAGGAGUGUUCCACCAACAUCACGCCAUUUUUCAAAAAAGUCGAAAUCCCAAUCUCAAAAGGAGUUCGCCAAGGAGACCCAAUCUCUCCGAAUCUAUUCUCCGCGAGUAUUGAAGGAGUUUUCCGCUCCACAAAUUGGUCAGAUUGUGGAAUAAGCAUAGAUGGUAGAAAGUUAAACCACCUUCGAUUCGCUGAUGAUGUCGUUCUGAUCUCACACACCCCGCAUCAAGCUUCGAGAAUGUUGAAAGAAUUGGUGCAGGAAAGCGCAUAA